AUGCCUCUCCCUGAAAUUCCUAAACCAGAAUUCCUGAAAGUCCUAAACUUGAAAAAGCCUAAAAUUCCAAGUGUUCCAAAGCCCAAGCCUCCAUAUUGGCCAAAGUUUGAGGUCCCAACUGCAGCCCCUAAGCCUGAGGCUCCAACUGUUGAGCCAAAGCCUGAGAUCCCAAGUGUGCUAGAGCCCGAGCUACCAAGUUGGCCAAAGCCAGAGCUCCCAGCUGUGGCAAAGCUUGAAAUCCCAAGUGUACUAAAGCCCGAGCUUCCAUCUUGGCCAAAGCCCGAGCUACCUGCUGUCCCAAAGCCUGAGGUCCCAGCUUCGCCGAAGCCUGACAUCCCAAGUGCCCCAAAGCCCGAGCUUCCAAGUUGGCCAAAGCCUCAGCUUCCAGCUAUGCCAAAUCCUGAAAUCCCAAGUGUGGCGAAGCCCGGGUUUCCAUCUUGGCCAAAGCCUGAGCUACCUUUUACCCCAAAGCCUGAGGUCCCGGCUGCGCCGAAGCUUGAGAUCCCAAGUUGGCAAUAG